AUGGCCAUCGUACCCUCUCGCGUCUCACUUCUCACUUCUCUUUUCCUUGCUCUGGCAUCUCACUUCACUCAUUCAUGUCCACUCAUUCACUCCCAACUCCCAACUCGUCGUCCCAAAACCCAAUCUCCAACCUGAAACUUUCUUCCUCCCAGCGAUCUCUAUCGUUUUUUAGGUCAUUCUCCAAGUCGAUCUAUCUCGUUAUCUUUUAUGGGUUCUGUUGUUUUUUUAUGAAUUUCUGGGUUUUUUGCUUUUUUAUGGAAAAUGUGUACUUUUCUGGGUUUUUUUAUUUUUUUUUGGGUUAAUAGCUUCUUAUGGGUUUAAAGAGCUUGUUUUAGACAUUCAAUUUAUGGGUUUUGUUGCUUUGUUUGUUAAGCAUGAAGCUCUAUUCCCAGAGUCUCUCUUUUAAGUUUUUCCUGUUUCAAUUUUUUUCUGUAGAUUUGUUCGAAUCUGGGGUUCAUAUAUCUAUAGGUUUCAUUAAUAUAUUGGUUCUGUAAUUUACUAUAAUUUAAGGACACUUCUGAUUGCAUUUUCUUGCAUUGCUACAUUUCUAAGAAUAUUAUAUGCAUUUUCUUGAUUGUUUGGGAAUUGGUUUCAAAUUCCGGAGCCAUUUAUUACUGGGAAAGUUUGGAAAUUGGAAGAUUUUGAAUCACAUCCUGCUUACUGGUGAGUUCUUGCUUUGUGUUUUUCUUCAAUGGUGUUUUGGAUGGUUAUUUUUUGUUUGAUUUUCUUAUUAUAUGUCAUAUUAUAUAUGUCAUCUAUUGGAUAUUGGCAAUUAGUUAGAGUGAAUUUUUGGAUUAAUUAACAUGAAUGAUGGGUUCUUAAACAACAAAUCUUGAAGGAAUAUUCAACUACAAGAGGAGUGCCUUCGUGAACAUGGAUGCAUGUGGUGCAUGGUUGUCAUCAGGUUGUGCUGUAAGGUGGUGUGUUAAGGGUUGCAUUCUUAUAAUGGAUUAAUAAACUAGCCUCUAAUUAAAAAAAAAUUAAAAAUAAUAAAAAUAAAAAUGAUUAGGUCAUUGAUUGAAACUUGAUAUAGAGAUGCCUCAACUUUUCUAAUUCUAGACUUCUAAUGUGAAGGCUUUCACUAGUACAAUACCCAGUUAGAAUAGGAUGACUUUAAUCUAUAAGCACAAUACCCAGUUAGAAUAGGACGACUUAAACAUCAUCUUGCCAUGCAAAAUAAAAGCAAAAGAGUUACCAUUGUAAAAUCCACCAGCUGAAUGUGCAGCAGAGGGAUCUUCAUAGGCUAAACAUGCGUUGCCUUUGUUUUUUCCAGACUCAUCUGUUUAUAUUUUGAUAUUAUAUGGCCAUUGAUCCUUAUAGCCAUGUUUCUGCUUAAUUCUUCCUACUUGAACAAUAACUUAGCAUUAAGUAACCAAAUAAAUGUAUACCAAUUUGUGGAGUUGACAAGGCAAUUUAACUUGUUCCUACAACUGCUAGAGAACUGACCCAAAUACACCUAUCCUACUCUUAAUCAUCCUCCCUCUUUCACCAUGGGGCUAACCCCAGUGGCUUGUCAUGAGUUCCAAUUUUUGUUUUACUCUUCGUCGUUGUUUUACAAGUACAGAACAAGGCUGCUACAACUAUAUUACGUUCACUUGUACAACAUUUGCACUUGAUAUACAAUGUUGACCCGUCUUCUUAUAGUAAUAGAAGGGUGAAGCACAAAUAGGUGUCUUAAGAGAAUGAAGAUAUGAACCCAAUAUUUAAUCUUUUGUUUUAUCAAGCAACACGAUCUUAAUGCUUAGAAUAAAAUAGAAGCGUCGUCAUUCUGUAUUUGCUACAGCUGGUAAAUGAUGAGCAUGGUAUUGCCAUUGGUAUGGGUUGUGGCACUCAAAGUAUUGCCAUUUGUAAUGAUAUGCAUGGUAUUGUCAUUGCUACAGCUGGUAAAUGAUAUGCAUGGUAUUGCCAUAUGUAGCUGAAUAUUCAUGGAUUUUUAGAUUACUUGACAUGAAUGAUGCAUCCAAUACCACAAAGCUUUUAGUUGAAUUUUCGUUCGAGUGUCUUUCCUUGUCCAGUUCCUUUAGCUGUUUGAUUGUUCUGUGAAUUGCUGUCAUUUGUUCUUGUUUUAAUAUAUAUAUAUACACACACAACACACACAAAUCAGUAGUUGGUAUCGAUGGCAAAGAAGGGGGCAUCUUUGUUAAAUCCUUCAACUACAUGGAAUGCCCACAAUAUAUCUAUAUUUUGUGAUGUUUGCAUCAAGGAGGUUGAGGCUGGAAAUCGUCCGGGCACUUACUUUAGCAAAGAAGGGUAUGCAAAUAUUAGAGCUAACUUCAAGGCAGAGACAGGGCAUGAUUAUGAAAAAGUGCAACUGAAAAAUAAGUGGGAUGCACUUAAAAAUGAGUGGAAGUUGUGGAAAGAGUUAGUUGGUAAAGAAACUGGCUUAGGGUGGAAUUCGAGCAAGGGUACCAUUGAUGCCUCUAAGAAGUGGUGGAAUAAUAAAAUUCAGAUAAACAAAGAAUAUGGAAAAUUGCGAAAAAAAAGCAUUAGUCCUGAGAUAGAGGACAAGUUAGAUAGGAUGUUCUCGAACACAGUUGCUACCGGUGAACAUGCUUGGGCACCUUCAUUUGGAGUACUACCAGAGACAAGAAAGGAAUCUAUACGACAAAUUGAUUCAAAUGUUGAGGAUGAAGCUGAGACCAUGCAGGAUCUAAGACAUGCUAGUAGGAAAGGAAAAAAAAGAGCGGCUAACCAAGGAGAAUUGCAAAAAAAAAAAGGUUGAUAAGAAAGGGAAAAAAAUUGCAGGUGCUGCAAAACUUUGUGGUCAAAUUGACCGUCUUGUUGAAACUUAUGAAACUAGGAGUUCUGCAAACUCAUUGAUAUCCAAACUGCAUAUAGGUUGUAGUAUUCCGGAUUGAUAGUGGCUGUUGCACAAGUGCCUGGUUGUGAGCCACUUAGCGAGUUAUGGCUGUUUGCUACAUGUUUAUUUUGUAGUGUAGAGAAGCGAGAGGUGUUUGCCACAAUAAAAGAUCCUGAAGUCCAGCUAACUUGGUUGAAAUAUAUGUUCAACAAAGAACAGUAAGGAGCUAAAACCAUGAAUUAGGACUAUGUGGUUUGUACUUUGCAUUAAGAUUAUGUGUUGAAUGUUGCUACAUGUUUAUUGAAUGUUGGAUUAUAUGUUGAAUGUUGAAUUAUGAUUUGUUGUUAAAUGUUGGAUUAUGACUUGUUCUUGAAUGUCGGAUUAUUACUUCUUAGUGAUUGUUGGAUUAUGACUUGUGGAAUGUUGAAUUAUAUGUUAGGUUA